UUUCUUUCUCCCUUCCAACAGUGUUAUGCCCUCCGCUGACCGCGUCCGUCCAGGUCGAGAAGGAAGCCUACUUCAACGGUUCAGCGUACCUUAGGUUAAAGACGCCAAUGACCCUGUGGAGCCAUUCGGCGAUUAGUUUUAAGACCUGUCGAGGUGGAGAAAUCCUAUCCCAGCGCUACGCGGGUCAUGCACUGCUGGUGUCGGUGCUGCCGGACUCGGUUUCGAUAGUGCUGUCGGCGCCAAGUACCCAGCCCAUCGAGGCACGUGUUCCGGGUCGCUACCUGGACAAUCGAUGGCACACGCUGCAAUUUGUGUACCAAUUGGGGGCGCUGUACUGCAUCAUCGAUAAGCAGUCCAUGACUAUCGCCAACCAAACCCACAAUGCUCAGCUGAUCCUGGAUCAAGAGAUCAAGAACGAAGCGGCCGUUCUGAUCUUGGGCAAACAGUACUCGGGCUGUUUGCUGCAUGGGCCUGGACUGGUGUUCAACUCCAGCGCCAUGAACGCCGAAGCGGUGGUGUUCGGCCCGUGUCCUUUGGCACCGGGACUUUGUGCAGAUCAUGACAUUCUGACCGGAGUGCCACCGGACUAUUGUUCCCAUGAUCCUUGCAUGCAACAUGGGACGUGUAUUUCAAGGUCCGACGGAUACGAAUGUCACUGCACUGCCAGGUUCAAGGGUAAGAACUGUGAGGUUGAUACAGGACCGCCGUGCCAAUCGUAUCCUUGUCAGCAUGGUGCCACUUGUACAGAAGACUCCAAGGGGGACUACAAAUGCACGUGUGCUCCUGGCUAUACUGGGACGUUCUGUGAAACGGAACUGAGCGUUCAUCCACUGUGCGAGAAGAACCCAUGCAUCAACAACGGGACAUGCCGGGUUCCUCCAGGAACAAACUCCUACGAAUGUGAAUGUCUGAAGGGAUUCAUCGGAACGAGGUGCGAGAUCAACUGGGACGAUUGUAAGCCCAAUUUAUGUCUGAAUGGAGGACGAUGCGUCGAUGGAGUAGAUGCAUUCACUUGCGACUGCAAAGGUACAGGAUACGGAGGAACUCUGUGCCAAAACAAUAUAGAUGAGUGCCUUAUCAACCCUUGCCUGAACGGAGGAACCUGCUUCGACACAUACGGAUCUUACCUGUGCGAGUGUCCUACGGGUUUCACCGGUGCCAACUGCCAGCUGAGUAUCAACGAAUGUAAGUCCCAACCCUGUCAGCACGGUGGAACAUGCAUCGACACUCAGGAAGGCUUCGAAUGCCGCUGCCUACCUGGCUACGCUGGACUGUAUUGUGAACUAGAGCCUGGCUGCGGCCAGUGUCCCACCGAUUCGGACUGCAUCGCUGGGCGAUGUGUUUGCAAACCAGGCUCGGCUGGCCACUGCAUUGAGCAGCACGCCGCCGGCACUAGCUCGAACGCCCAAAAAACGGCCCCCAAUGCAUGUUCAGAGUAUUGCUUCAACGGCGCCAGUUGCGCCUCCGCCGCCGGCCUUCGGAUCGCUAGUGCCAACAGCAGAAAUUUCACUUGCAUUUGCGCUACCGGAUUCACAGGUUCCCGCUGCGAAUCGCCGAUUGCUCUGCCCUAUUCGGAUGAAUGCAACUGCCUGAACGGAGGCAGCUGCACCCCAAACAGCUCCACCUGCAUCUGUCCGCAAGGAUUCGACGGGCCUCGCUGUGAACUGACAGCAGUCUGCACGCCGUCCAACUGCCAGGAACCUUACCGGUGUAUCGCCGGAAAGUGCCAGUGUCCCGAUAACACAAACUGCGAUAACGUGUGUGCUCCGAACCCAUGUCUCCACAACGGAUCCUGUUACCCGCAGGGCCAAGACUACGUCUGCAAGUGUCCUCCCGGGUUCGAGGGCAAACGAUGUGAAAACGACAUCGAUGAGUGCAAAACGAAGGACAAGAUCUGCGUGAACGGUAUCUGCCAGAAUACGCCCGGGUCGUUCAGGUGCUUCUGCACCCCGGGUUAUACCGGGUUGAAUUGUGAUCUGGAUGUGGACGAGUGUUUGAGUCAUCCGUGCAAGAACAAUGCCCAGUGUGUGAACAAGGAAAACGAUUUCGAGUGUAUAUGUCCGCCGGGAUAUAGUGGGAAGGACUGCAGUACCGAUAUUGAUGAGUGCGAGAGCAAUCCAUGUACGAAGGGUUCGACGUGUCGUGAUCGGGUGGCGAACUUCACGUGCGUGUGUAUUCCGGGAAUGACGGGACGACUGUGCGAGAUCGAUAUCGACGAUUGUGAGUCUGCACCCUGCCAGAACGGAGGUCGCUGUAUCGAUCAAUUGGGAGGCUUCCUGUGCGAUUGUAAUCAGACUGGCUUUUCGGGAUCCUACUGCCAGCACAACAUCAACGAGUGCGAUUCGAAUCCGUGCUCAAAUGGAGCCGAAUGCGUGGAUAAAAUAAACGACUAUCAGUGCAAGUGUUAUCCGGGUUACACGGGGAAAAACUGCGAAGAGGAUAUCGAUGAGUGCGAAUCCAAUCCGUGCCAACAUUCCGGAAAGUGUUUGCAGCGAUCGAACGUCACGCUGUACUAUUUGCACAACUAUUCGAAGAAUCUGCCGGCAAUUUUCUCGCAACCGUUCUCGUUCGAGAAUGCGAGUGGAUAUGAGUGCAUCUGUGUUCCCGGUACGGUGGGUAAGAACUGUGAAAUCAAUAUCAACGAGUGCGACAGCAGUCCAUGCAAGAACGGUAACUGUAUUGACGGUAUCGGUAACUAUACGUGCGAGUGCGAGCCAGGUUUUGAAGGGGCGCACUGCGAAACAGACAUUGACGAGUGCUUGAAGUACAAACCGUGCGUCCAUGGAACGUGUCUAGAUGGACGGAACAACUACAACUGUGAUUGUGACGAGCUGUGGGGCGGGAAGAAUUGUUCGGUGCGACUGACGGGUUGCGUCAACGAACCGUGCUUGAACGGAGGAGGUUGCAUACCUUACCUGGAGAAUGAGACCCAGCACAAGUUCAACUGUUCGUGUAAGCAAGGUUUCCAGGGAAUGACUUGCGAUACGGUAACGACAAUGUCCCUGGCUGCUAACAGUUUACUGAUCGUUAAUACUUCUCGAGAUGAAGGCUACGAUAUACAAUUAAGAUUUAAGACGACAUUGCCGAAUGGAAUCCUAGCAUUCGGCAACGGAGCUACCUCAUACAUUUUGGUUCUUAACAACGGCCGACUGAAUCUGCACUCAGCUUUGCUGAAUAGAUGGGAAGGUGUUUUCAUUGGAUCGGGGCUGAACGAAAGCAAGUGGCAGAAGGUGUUUGUUGCCAUCAAUUCGUCUCACUUGGUUCUGUCUGCCAACGAAGAGCAAACGAUCUACCCAAUCAACUCUUAUGAAGGUACAAAUGGCAGCAAUACUUCCUUCCCAAUCACGUAUCUGGGAGGUACAACGCCAACCCUUGCUCAACCCUACCUAAAGCACAUAGCUGGAGCAGUUUCCAGCUUCGUCGGUUGCAUGGAAGAUGUUGUGAUCAACGGCCAGUGGGUUCUGCCGGGUAGAGAGCAAGAAUUCACCACAUUGCAUAACAUCGAUACGGGAUGUCCGAGAACUCCUCAGUGCGAGCCGAAUCCUUGCAACUCAAACGGUCAUUGUACCGAUUUGUGGCACACGUUCUCCUGUAGCUGUCAGCGACCUCAUCUUGGACAUACCUGCAAGUACAACAUCACGGCGGCAACGUUUGGACAUGAAAACACCACACGAUCAGCUGUUAAAGUCGUCGUCAGCGAUACUGCUCGACGAGCGAUACGUUCCGUUUUGGAUAUUUCAAUGUUCAUUCGAACACGUCAAGCUGCGGGAACUGUAUUCUACCUGGGUAGUGAUCCGAACAUGAAUAGCACACCAGGAGAUGACUCCUAUGUGGCCGCUUACUUAUCUAAAGGAGAACUGUUGGUGCGGAUGAUCUUCAACGAUACCCCCGAAGGGUACACAGUUGGUGGCAACAAGUUAGACAACGGGUAUCUGCACUUGAUAGAAGUCAUCCGGAACGCGACGCUAGUGCAGGUCAAACUAAAUGGUACCGAAUACUUCCGGAAGACACUUUCCUCAUCUGGUCAGCUGAAUGCUCAAGUGUUGUACCUUGGUGGACCUCCGCCGUAUGCCGACUCGAUCUACAGCUUGUACAAAGACGAAUCGGAAAAGACACCUUUCAAGGGAGUCAUUCAGGACGUUCGAGUUUCCAGCGGGUCUCAUGCGAUGAUCGUCGAGCUGUAUCCCUUGAACGAAGAAGGCCUCGUGCUGCCACCUCCCUUCGGAGAAGUUACCUUCGAUCGGACCUCGAUCCUGGAGGGCGUCGUCACGGAUGAUCUGUGCCGAACUCAACCCUGCAAGCACGAUGCCAUAUGUGCCAACACGUGGAACGAUUUCGUACGUUGCAAGUGGACCGAUGUAAAGGAUACUUUUAACGAGCUCAAGCAGUUGAUGUGGAGUAACCGUUCUGCUCUACUGUCUAGGUGUACCUGCCCGCGAGGAUACAAGGGCAAACUUUGCCAGGAGAUUCAGUUCUGCGAACUGCAGAAGUGUCCCUCCAACGCGACGUGCCAAAACUUGGACACCGGCUACGAGUGCAUCUCCAACAUGACCUUCCACGAUGACAACGAACCGCUGAAGUUCGUGUUCAAUGCCGGAGGUGACCACAUGCAGCCGUACACCAAGGACACCAACAUGGACACCAUCGAGAUCUCCUACAGGACCAAGUUCGGGGGGACGUUGCUCUACGUGCAAGAGAGCGAUAUGUACUUUGAGAUUUCGACGAUCAACAAACUGGUGACCAUUUCGUGGAAGCUCACGUUGGAUCUUCCGCAGAACAACCGGUUCGAGUAUGACGAGGACGACAACUACGGAUGGCACACAAUUUUCAUUAAGGUUUCGAACAACGGCAAACUGGAGGCCGGCUGGAAGGGAUGGGAAACGAUGCUUGACCCGCAGCCGCCGAUUUCCGUGGACAUCGACUACUUGGCGUACAAACAUCUAUUCUCCGGAAAACACUACAUCUAUCUGGGUGGCAUGCCUGCCAUUUCCCACAUCGAGAACAAUUCCAUAGUAAACGGUGGAAUCGACAAGGGUUCCACGUUCAAGGGAUGUCUGGGAGAAACCAGAGUCGGUGGUUACCUGUUGCCGUAUUUCCCACAUGACGUCAUCUAUCCGGACACGUUCCAGUUCACUGGUCCUCAUUUCAAUCUGAACUCCAGUCAACCGGAAGAAGGCUGUAUCCUGUGUUUCCAACAGUCUUGCAAAAACGGCGGCGUUUGCAGCAAUCCAUCGGAGAAGUACGCCUGCGAUUGUCCCGCUGGAUACGAUAGUGAUGACUGCUCGCAAAACAUCGACGAAUGCCUGACGGCCAACUGUACGAACAACUCGACCUGCAUUGAUGGGGUGGCCAGCUUCACGUGCCAAUGCCUGGAGGGUUACGAAGGCGACCUGUGCGAGUUCGAAAUCGACGAGUGCAUGUCCAACCCUUGCCAGAACGGAGGCUCCUGUACGGAUCUGGUGGCUGGAUUUUCGUGCGAAUGUACCGAAGAGUACGCAGGGACGCAGUGCGAAAUGUUCCGGCUGAUAACUUGCGAGAACCUGCCCUGCAGGAACGGGUCGAUCUGUAUCGAUGGAUUCAAUUCCACCACGGGUAAUAACUUUACAUGUUCUUGCAAAACCGGAUUCUCCGGGCCACUUUGCGAUGUCCCAUUCUGUCAACUGGAGGAAUGCCAAAACGGAGCGAUUUGCAUGACGAACGACGAAAAUGUUCCGGUGUGUCGCUGCAUACCGGGCUACACGGGACGCCUGUGCGAAAUCGAAAUCGACGAGUGUGAAUCGAUGCCGUGCUUCAACGGUGGCCGGUGCAUCGAUUUCAUCAACGACUACAAAUGCAACUGCACCGGGACGGGCUUCGAAGGGAAGAACUGCGAGGUGGACAUCGACGAGUGCUACGAGCUGCGGAUAAACUGCGGCGGACGAGGGUCCUGCAUCAACACCAGGGGAUCGUUCAAGUGUCAAUGUGACGAAGGAAUGUGCGGAAAGGAAUGUGCCCAGGUGGAUCCCUGUAUACAGAAUCCGAACCUGUGUCAAAACGGCGGGGAAUGCAUUGAAGAUUGUGAUAAGGAACACAGGUAUUACUGCAACUGUACGGUUGGAUUCACCGGAAUCAACUGUUCCGAACAGGCCACGCUGGAGGCUGAGGGAGCAUCCGGUGCGGACAUCGCUCUCAUCGUGGUACCAGUGGUCAUCGGUAUCCUGGCGAUAGCGGGUGCCCUGAUCGGAGCCUUCCUGGUGACGGCCCGCAACAAACGGGCCACCCGCGGAACGUACAGCCCCAGCGCCCAAGAGUACUGCAACCCAAGACUGGAGAUGGACAACGUGCUAAAACCGCCACCCGAGGAACGACUCAUCUAAUAGGCCAAAACAAAAAGCGGGACUUAUUUUUGUGUAUGUUUCUUUGUUGUACCUUUACUCUUUAGAUACUUUGUAAACUUUGUUUUAUCGCGAAAUUCAAAACAGAGAGGAGACCUGAGGAGGUCUUCUUGCUACUGGGUACACACCAAACCGUUCCGGUAUCGUUUGUAGAUAUGUGGAAAUAUUAUGAUCUUGUUGAAGGCACGUGCCCAUCCGUUUGUUGGUUACAUUAUAUUGUGAAUAGAAACAAAUCUUUUACUCAAAUGUAGGCUAAGGCAAGACUUACUUAAUUAAUCCACACCUCGAGUGGCGUGGACAGAGAAGGAAAAAUAAACCUACUGUGACCACCUGUAGGUAUAAAGGAAGCUAGUUCAAUCAAACUAUCUGAAUGCGAACUGAUGUGUUUUACUAGAUUGAAAAAAAAAACAACUGGAACGAACAAACGAAAGGCGCGAGAAAAAAAAACAUUUUAAUUAAUACUUAGAAAAGACAUAUUGUGAUAUAAAUCCUACCCUCUAGAUGCAGUACGAUAAGAAAGAAAAUAUUUUAACAUAAAGCGAAGCACUUUCUUCAGGAGAACGAAUCUUUUAAUAGAAACUUUUUAUACCCUAAUGAAAUUAUAACAUUCCUUCGAGCUUGCAGGACUAUUACAAACUCCGUCCAUUAGUCUGUGACCUAUCCAGUAAGCAUGCAUGAACAAGAAAGCUAACAUCUAAAUUCAAGUGCCGUAUUUUCCUUCGGAAAACAGUCGAACUGACUGCACCAUUCCAACCAUGUUCUGGAUUGUUUUUAUUUAUAACUCCUACUACAUAUGGACGAACAUGCAGCGUUGAAAAGCUUCUAGUGUCGCCUCAUGGAAACCGUCUCUCGGAUGUCUGACUGCCUCAGAUUAUUCUGAGACCGUCUAAAUAAAUUUACCUUAAGUACCGCACGACCUAUUAUUUAUGUUUCAAGCCCUUUGCUGCCGACUGACAUUCCUGAAGCGAAACGAUGAUAGAUGAUGCCUUACUUUUAAAACUAACUAUCUUUUAAUGAAAUGUAGCAUUUUAAGCAAAUCGUAGAUAUAGUCAGACAAUACAAAUGGUCCCAAAUGAAAAAAAAAAUACAAUUUUGAACCUUCAAAGAGGCAAUGCAGAAACGAUAGGGAACCGUUGCAGGUUUGCUUCUAACAGACCAGAGCUAUUGGUGAGCAGUAUGCGAACAAUAUCUAACUUUUCUUCAUCUUCUUUUUGUUUUUAAACGUUAGCGGAAGGCAGAAGAAAUCUAUAUUUUGUAAAGUAGAUCGUAGAACGUAUAUUUUUAGAUCUAUACCUGCGUCGUCGUUGCUAGGAUAACUAUGUAAAAUAAAACAGAUAUUUAAAUAAA